UACCUGGAGACUGGUGUUUGUUUCUGCUUAUAAGUAGUCUGUGUUUAGUACUUAUUUUGUGAGGUUAUUAGCAUGGAUACCGAGUCAGAUAGUGUUUUUAAACAACGAGUACAGACUUUUCUUGGUAGUUCGUGUUUGAUCAAACAAGGGGCUGAGGCUCGCGUUUAUCGAGGAAUGUUCUUGGGGCGUCCAUGUGUUGUGAAGGAGAGAUUUCCUAAGUCUUACCGGCACCCAGUAUUGGAUGAGAGACUCACCCGUAGGAGGACCGCCCAAGAGAUUCGCUCAAUCCUGAGGUGUAGGAAAGCAGGAAUCCCAACACCAGUAGUUUAUUUUGUGGAUUAUUCCUUGAACUGUAUUUACCUGGAGGAUAUAGUAAACUCUGCAACAGUUCGGGACUAUAUAGCUUUGAUGCAGCAGUCUGGGAGUGACACAGAGAAGUUAGAGAAACUGGCAAAGAAAGUGGGUGACACCUUGGCUCGGAUGCAUGAUGAAGAUGUUAUCCAUGGAGACCUCACCACCUCAAACAUGCUACUUUGUCCACCAGAGGAUGUAGAAAACUUACUCUUGAUUGACUUUGGACUCAGUUUUACUUCAUCCCUUCCAGAAGAUAAAGGGGUGGAUCUUUAUGUCUUAGAAAAAGCGUUUCUGAGCACUCACCCGAACACUGAAAAGAUUUUUGAAACUUUAUUAAAGAGUUAUUCUGCAGCAUCUAAAAAGUCAGGGCAGGUAAUUAAAAAGCUUGAUGAGGUGCGCCUACGAGGUAGAAAAAGAUCGAUGGUUGGAUAAAUAAAAAUAUGAUUUAAACAGUAAAAAGUCUGAUUCUUUAUUUGCUGCUGAACUAUGCUUGAGACACCAGGAAUGUCUGCAUUUACAGUUUUCUUUUCUUGUACUUGUCCUUUUACCGUACCAUUCUGGUCCUGCUAGCUCUGCUUAUUCAUGAGUUUGAAAGCAAGGAUGCAUAGUUGAAAUGAUUGUAAAAUGUUCUCGGAAAUGUAAUAAAAAGCACUUUAAGCAGAAGUGAUUGCUACAUAACUGCAGUGCCCUUUCAUGUAUAUCUGUUACCUGUGUAAAGUUGCUAAUCCCAUUCACAGCCCUUCUACACCAUUCAGGCCUUGGGUUAAAAUUCAUUUUAAAUUGAAGUCCUAAAUAUGUCAAAGUUAGUUACUCUGAAGAUGUAAAUAAAGUGAUUUGUUGCAAUGCUGACAUUAACUUCA